AUGUCACCACCACUGAGGUACCCGGAAGACUGCCUGUGGUGUCCCAGAAAAUCUUGUCAACUCAUCCACGAAUGUCAAAGCCAAUCUCUCGUUCCAGGAACGUAUUCAGUAGGUCAAACGCGUAUUUUGUGGAACACCAGCCCCAAGUAUCCGGUGGUUGCUGUAGCAGGAUUGGGUGAUGCAGCCUCGUGGGAUAUUCUCGAUGGGCUUGAUGGGGUGCGUGAGAAUGUGAGAAUUGCCGCUGGGGCGGGUGUUAAGGUGUUGGCGGCUGAGAAGGUAGCCCAGGUGGAAGUGGAAGACUUCAAUGGGCAGGCCGAGGCAGCAGCUGAGGGUGCCACAUUGGCGGCAUAUCGUUUCCAAGAGUACAAGAAACUCGAAGCACGCAAGACCGUGGCCCAGGUGAGCCUGGCGCCGGAUGCUAGUGGGGCGGAGGACUUUAAGCGUGGCGUAACGACGGCCAAGGCACAAAAUUGGAGUCGUUUGCUCAUGGAGACUCCGGCAAAUCUCAUGACACCGACUAUUUUUGCCCAAGAGGUACAAAAGAAGCUCACCCCGUUGGGUGUUGAGGUUGUGCCGCAUGAUCGUGAAUGGGCACGUGGUUUGGGCAUGGAAUCCUUCCUGUCUGUGUCAAAGGGAAGCGACGAGCCGCCGGUGUUCCUGGAGAUGACCUACAAUGGUGCCGGUGGGGAUCAGAAGCCCAUUUGCUUGGUUGGCAAGGGUAUUACGUUCGAUAGUGGCGGCAUUAGCAUCAAAUCUGCGGCAAAAAUGGAUGAAAUGCGCGCCGAUAUGGGUGGUGGAAGUGUUGUGGUUGGUACAAUUGCUGCCCUUGCUGAGCUUGGGGCGAAGAUCAAUGUUAAAGGGCUUGUGCCACUGUGUGAAAACCUCCCCAAUGGGCGUGCCAAUAAGCCCGGAGAUGUGGUACGUGCCAUGAAUGGAAAAUCCAUUUGCAUUGACAAUACAGACGCUGAGGGUCGUCUCAUUCUUUGUGACGCCAUUUGUUAUGCUGAGCGCUUCAAUCCGCGCUACAUUGUGGACCUAGCUACCCUAACUGGUGCCAUUCGUGUUGCCCUUGGAUUCUGCGUUACAGGAGCUUUCAGCACCUGUGAUCAGCUCUUUGGGCAUCUAUCGAGUGCUGGAUCUAAAACUGGUGAUCGCGUGUGGCGUAUGCCGAUCUACAAGCACUACAACACCAACAUGACCGACUACUCAGGCUACGACAUCAACAACCUGGGAAAGGUGUCCGGGGCAGGAUCGUGCACAGCUGCUGCAUUUUUGCGUGAAUUUGUGCCGAAGAAUGUUCCGUGGAUGCAUUUAGAUAUUGCCGGAGUGAUGAAUGGAUGCGACGAUCAGCCAUAUCUCGUGGAGAAGGGCAUGACGGGACGUCCCGUGCGUACAAUGGUUGAGUUCAUCUACCGCGAAGCUGGCCUAUAA